AUGGGCCAGCAGAUCUCGGGUCAAGCUAUGAUGACCCAUCUUCCUGAGAAGCUGGUGAAGCAUGCAGGACUGGUGCGUGACAGUGGCAGCCUUACCUACGAGGAGUUUCUGGCCAGAGUGGCUGAACUUAACGAUGUAACGGCCAAACUAGCUGUUGGACAGCAGAAGCACCUGCUGUUUGAGGUGCAGCCAGGCUCUGAUGCAUCGGCUUUGUGGAAGGUGGCUGUCAGGGUUGUUUGCACUAAGAUUAAUAAAGAGACUGGUAUAGUUGAAACAUCACGCAUCAUGAACCUGUACCAGUUUAUCCAGCUUUAUCGGGACAUCACUAGCCAGGCGGCUGAGGUGCUAUCUGCAGAGGGCGCCACAGAGGGCUCGUCCAGCCACCUCCCCACCACAGACACCUGCCAGGCCAGCAUGUGGAUGGGCAGAGUGAAGCAGCUGACUGAUGAGGAGGAGUGUUGUAUCUGCAUGGACGGCAAGUCGGACCUCAUUCUGCCCUGUGCCCACAGUUUUUGUCAGAAGUGCAUUGAUAAAUGGAGUGGGCGGAACAGAAACUGUCCAAUCUGCCGCCUCCAAGUGACUGCUGCCAAUGACUCGUGGGUAAUGUCUGAUUUCCCCACGGAGGAUGACGUAGCAUGCUACAUCCUCAAUUUAGCCGAUGAGGCGGGCUACCCACACAGGCCUUAACGUUGCCGCACGCUGAAAAAUAUGAGCUGACAAGUCAAAGCGAGGAAUAUGAAGUAGACUUGACAUGUUGAACCACACUACUGUAUGUCACUGAGGAAAAUUUGUUUCCUGCUCUCCUUAGUGGCAGGCUCCCACAACAACACGUCUGUCUGCUCACUCCUAAAAAAAAAAAAACAAACUCCCAGGAUGCUCUUUGCCCAGUGUGUCUUCACAGCCCAGGUAUCAUAGAUGCGGUGGUUCAUUGACACAGUGUGCACUAAAACUUUAUGUAAACUUAAAUUCAGUAUUUGUAAUAUAGGUUGUAUUCACGGAAUUUAUUUGUAACAUAGGAUGUAAUCCCUUCAUGUAAAACAUAAAAUUGCCAAAAGUCCAAGUCCUACAUACAUUUUAUGUUGGUGUAUCAUAGACUUCAUGGGAUU